CCACAUGCCACCCGACCCGACGAACUCGACUUCGUCUCCCCCUCAAUUUAAUCCGCAGUGAUAAUCGAAUUGUAAAAAUUGAAACAAUAAAAAAAUAAUCGAAGAUAACGCAAAACUAUAUCUGUGUCAAGUUUUUCACUUGGAAUAUCUCGCGCUGUAAAUUAAUAAGACACUUGACCGUGGACGUUGAGGCGUCGGUAUGCGCUUUUUAAAAUGUUCACUUUUCGUAAUCUUCGCGUCGACGUUUCUGUCGAUCGAAGGUUACAGAAUAUUGGGAGUGAUUCCUUUCUCGGGAACGAGUCAUUUCGUGAUGUUCGAAAGAUUGAUGAGGAUUUUAGCGGAACGUGGUCAUCAUGUGGACGUAAUGAGCCCGAUUUCAAUGAAAAAUCCGCCGCCUAACUACAGACACGUUGUGAACUGGGAAGGCUCGGUUCCGGUAAUUCGUAACAACGUGAGCUACGAUUUCGCUGUCAGAGAACUAGGGGGAAAGUCUUUGGUACACACGGUAGCUACUACCUUCGGGACCGACCUGUGCGAUCUAAUGGGACUACCGAAUUUUCAAGAAUUUAUUAAAAAUCUUCCGAAAAAUCCACCGUACGACCUCGCCAUAAUCGAGUAUUUUGGCUCGCCGUGUUACCUGGCGUUGGGAAAAUAUCUGGGAGUUCCGGUGAUCGCUUUCACGACGUCGCCGAUGUGGCCGUGGGCCAACGACGCGGUAGCGAAUCCCGACAAUCCGGCGUACAUAGCGAACACCUACUCCGGUUUAUUCGGGAGUCUGAAUUUCUGGAAGCGCGUUAAGAACACGCUCAGUCUGACGCAGAACAAGUGGCUGUUCAAUUACUACACCGCCGGUCAAGACGAUAAGAUAAAAAAAUAUCUGGGCCCGAAAGCCGGGAGUCUGGAGGAGGCGAGGACCAAUCUAUCAUUGGUUCUCGUCAAUUCGCAUUACAGUCUGCAAGGGGUGAGGCCGUUCACAACGAACGUUAUCGAAGUCGGGGGACUCCACAUAGACGACAAUGGACCGCCGUUGCAAAAGGACUUGCAAAAGUGGUUGGACGAUAGCACGGACGGUUUCGUGUGCAUAUCGUUCGGUUCGAUGCUGAUGUUGGAAACAUUUCCUAGGGAGGUGUUGCUGGGAAUUUAUUCAUCCCUUGCGAAACUGGCCCCGACGCGGGUCUUGAUGAAGAUAGUGAAACCGGAAUUGCUACCGGACGGUCUGCCGAGCAACGUUAUGACCCUACCGUGGAUCGCGCAGUACUCGGUUUUAAAACACAAAAAUAUCCGAGCUUUCGUAACUCACGGUGGCCUAAUGGGAACCCAAGAAGCGGUACAAGCCGGAGUGCCUAUGAUAGGCGUUCCGAUAUUCGGCGAUCAACAUCAGAACAUGGAUCUAUACACGGCGAAACACGUGGCCGUACCUCUCAGCCUGGCUGAUUUUAACGAGGAACGUUUGGACGCGGCAUUCGACCUUGUACUUCGAGAUCCGUCUUACGCGAAGGCGAUGAAGAAAUUAUCGGCCGAAUUUAGGGACCGCCCGUUGAACCCGGUGGACACGGCGAUAUUCUGGGUAGAAUACGUGGGCAGACACGGGGGAGAAAUCAUCAGAUCACCGGCUAUGGAUUUGACAUGGUGGCAAAUUUCGCUCAUCGACGUCUACGGCGCUCUGAUUUUAUCCGCCGCUUUAAUUCUAUACCUACUCAAGACUAUGAUCGCUAGAAUAAUAAUAGCCGUAAAAUCUGCUACCAAUGGCGAAAAACGCACUACGAAAUCGAAGAAAAAUAAAUGAGGAGACGCUCGACGUUUUGUAAAUUACUGUAAAUCGCUAAGCUAGCUUAUGUCGUAUGUGAUAGUUUUUAUUUUUUCACUCUUGAAAUAAUAACGUUUUCGAAACUGUAAAA